AUGAGUAGAUUCUUAUACAACUGGAAGUGGAACUCUGGAAGUAUUCAUUGCACUCCAAAAAUACUAAAAUUAGCUAAGGAUUUCGUCGCUAAAUCGCUCGGUACAGAACCAAUUGCAACAAGUGAAUACCAAAGAGAGUCUGCCCAUUUGUUUUUUGUUUUUGGGUAUAACCGUUCGAUAUUCGAUAUCCGCUGGAUUAGGGGUGUCAAUGGUUCCUCACACAUCUCUAGUUGUUUGAAAGAAAUACAAACAGCAAACUCAAAGCAAAACAAAAUUGUAAGAGCUAGAGUUUUUGCUGUGGAAACAACUAGUGCAAUAUCAAUGACCCUAUGCUUGUUAAUCUGCACUACUUUCCUUACUUCAUUUACUUGUGCAUAUCAUCUUAAAGGCCCUGAAGCUGCUGUUUUGGAGAAGGAAAAGAUAUACGAAGACUCAAAGCUUGUAAAUGCAAAUGAUUACUUUGCUUCAUCAGCGCUUAAUCCUAAUCAAUUCAAACCAUUGGCUAAUUAUGAUGGUAUCUAUGCAUCUGUGGUAGAUGCAAGAACAAUUCCAGCAAUCAAUACUAUUGGUAUUACUAUAAUUCGUUUAAUAUACGAGCCAUUAGCUCUCGUACCACUUCAUUCACAUCCUCAAUUUUCUGAGCUCAUGACUGUCUUAGAGGGUAGUUUAUAUGUUGGCUUUCUUGUUCCUAAUUCAAGUAACUUGCAAAAGACUCAACUCGUUUCCAAGAUCUUGAAUGCUGGUGAUGUGUUUGUUUUUCCACAAGGUCAUAUUCACUUUCAAUAUAAUGUGGGAAACACUAGUGCAACACUAAUCCAGGCUUUCAACGGCGCAAAUUAUAUAUCUGCCAUAGUUCCUAGUUCAAUCUUUGCUUCUGAUCCUCCUAUUAGCGAUGAUUAUCUUGCCAAAGCUUUUAAAUUGGAUAAGAUGGUGAUUGAAGAUCUUCGGAAGAAAUUCUCCUAAAUAAGACAUGUCACAAACGCUGGUCAUCAAAGGACAUGACACCUAUAUAUCCUUUCUGAUAAUACCGGGCUUUAUAUAAUCUUUGAUCAGUGAUAAGUUAGUAUAUUAGUAAACAGGAGCCGCUAUCGCUCACUAGCAUGAUGUCAAUCAUGUAGUGAAGGUUGCGGUUUGCAAAUAGUUAAUAGUUCUGUUGAACUAUUGAAAUAAAGAUGCAGGGAUGCCGGUAAGUUUUAAUAAAUCUUUUCUUCUUACUUGUAAGGUCGUUCACUACAGAAUAAAAUUUGAGAAAGAUCUAUGUCUCUGCAACUCUUAAAUUC